CAUUGUGUUAUAAAAGCAGGUGAGACUCUACCUGACAGUCAUCAUAUGUUAGAUCCUUACAGAAGAGCAAUGAACAUUAAGCUGUUCCUUCUCCUGCUGGUUCCCGUGGCGACCAGCUGCUCAGAUCUCAGCCUCCCUCUGGACUGCAACGACGUCUACAACCAAGACACCAGCCGACCCAGCGGAGUUUACACCAUCUAUCCCAUCGGGAGCACGUCGGCAGUCCAGGUCUACUGCGACAUGGACUCUCUGGGAGGAAAGUGGACGGUUUUCCAGAGGAGGAUGGACGGCUCCGUGAACUUCUACAGGCCCUGGAAUCAGUACAAGUUCGGCUUCGGGAACGCGGCGGGAGAAUACUGGCUGGGUCUGGAAAACGUCUUCCACCUGACUAAGAGGAGAACAGAGCUGCUGAUCGACAUGGAGGACUUCGAUGGAAACAAGGUGUAUGCUCGUUACACCUCGUUCUCCGUGGGCCCAGAGUCUGACGGCUACAGACUUCACCUGACUGGAUUCACUAAUGGAGGGGCAGGAAACUCUCUGAGUCACAUCAGUGGACAAAAGUUCUCGACAUUUGAUAAAGAUCAGGACACCUGGGUGAACAACUGCGCCCGAUCGUUCCUUGCAGGGUUCUGGUACUCCGAUUGUCACAGUGCGAACCCAAACGGCGUGUACCUCUGGGGGGCCGACAGCACUCUUUAUGCCAUCGGAGUGGAGUGGAUUUCCUGGAAGGGCCGGGGCUACUCUCUGAAGGCCAUCAGCAUGAAGAUCCGUCCAGUACAGUGAACUGGGAUGGGAUUGAAGACUCGUCAGAAGUUUCCAGGAACACCAGAAAGGGAUUUCCAGCAAUUCUGCAGGACGUGAAGAAAGAAGCUGGGCGAAAGAUUGAACUCAAACAAAUACUGGAGAAAUGGUCAGAGGCACGUGCAACCGGUCAGAAUCGUCCCACUCAGGCACUGAACUCAGAAGGAGCUCAGUAACGUAUCAAAUGCCCUCCAGUAAUAGCAACUCCAGUAGGUUUAAAAAGCUGCGGUUUCCCUAUUCAUCCAUCAGAUGUCGCUAUUGUACCUGUCCGAAUUUCUUCUGUUUCUGUCAGUGAAACUGCUUUGAUUCGUGAGCUAAAUGAUAACCUCUUUUUCCACUGAACAAAUAGAAUCAUGUUAUCAGAUUUUUUUUUAACAUUCUAAAUGUAGUCCAGAUGUGAAAAAAUUUGCUCAUUUAUCCUCAAACCAACAACAUUGUGUCGUUACAGCCUAAAUUAGAACCUUUCAGUGUCGCUGCCUCUGUAGAAUGAAGUGUAAUCAUUCCAGUGUAAUUAUUAAAUAUUGAGUUUGUGGUUUUAGUUAAAAGUGGACAUUAACAAAAAAAUAAAAACAAAGUCUUUUAUGGGGACAAUUAGUGCACGUGCAGUUAUUGUUGAGUGAAGAUGAAGCUGGAUGCAAACAGAACCCCACAGAUGUAAAAAGAAAAACACCCAAAGUUUACAGACAUGUCAGUGGUUAAAUGUAAGCUCCUAUUACAAGUACCCAUUGAAUUUAGAAAGGAUUUUUCACUUGUGUUUUGUUGCAUGUAACGCACCGUUACCAAGAAAUCUUAAUUUACCAUUACACCUGGCUUUGAAAUUCCAUCUGAGCAAAUAGAUCCAAGUAAAAUGUGCUGCUUGUACGUCGAUAGUCAUUUUUUAAAGUGAGGCCGACAGAUGGAAGACUCCAGCUAGGAGACAGUACAUUUGCCAUGUUGGUCACCAAAGGUGCAACAAGAGCAGGAAACUAUCUCACUGUAUCAAUAGCAAAGACUUGAAAACAUCUGCGGUGAUCAUUGGAUCAAAAGACAGGAACAUAUACUGUGUUCCUUAUGGGACAAUUUAAUUAGUUUUUCUCUUGUUGAGUGAUUCCCUCAUGUAUGAUCCCCAACAGGGCACAUGGAAAUUUGGAUCUAUUGACAUACAUUCCUAAUUAGUCAUUACACACUAAAAGGGGUUACUGAAAUAUUUUUAUUUUUCUAUAAAAGCAGCUUAUACACAUUAUCUCAUUGGAGCCACCCAGGAGGACUGUGGUGAUGUAGGGUAUAAUUUACACAUACUAUGCAUGUUCAUCAUUAGUUUAGUAUCACACCAAGUUCAAAUGAUUCCCAUUUUCCAAUAAAGACUCUUAGAGCCUGUUGGACACACACCUAGUGAAUCUGAACCUGCUGUGUUAGUAUGACUCUUUCUAUAUUUUCUGGGCCUUUUCAUGAUCAAC